UUGCAACUUCGGAAUGGAAGACGUGAAUCCUGAAGAGUCCUCUGUCAAUAACAAGAACACUAUAAUAAAGGAAGAGACACUUGUGAAAGGGAAAUGGGUACAGCUCCAGGAAACAACAUAUGUUGAUCACGAUGGAAAAACCAGAACAUGGGAAACCGUAAAACGUACAACACGUGCAGAGGGUAAUGCAGCUGAUGGUGUAGCAAUAAUACCAGUUCUACAGCGAACGCUCCAUUAUGAAUGUUUGGUUCUUAUCAAGCAAUUUCGACCUCCUUUGGGCUGUGUCUGCCUGGAAUUCCCAGCAGGACUGAUUGAUGAGAAUGAAACUCCAGAACAAGCUGCCUUGCGGGAGCUUGAGGAAGAAACUGGCUACAAAGGCGAAGUCAUGGAAUGUUCCCCAGUGGCUUGCCUGGACCCUGGUCUGAGCAAUUGUACAACGUACAUAAUGACUGUUCACAUUAACGGAGACUACGCAAUAAACAAUAAGCCCAAACCAAAGCAUGCUAAUGGAGAAUUUACAGAGUCAAUCGUUAUACCCAAGAAUGACCUCCGUAAAAACAUUGAUGAAAUGGUCGCAAGAGAGAAACUUGUGGUAGACGCCAGAGUUUAUUCAUAUGCCCUGGCCUUGGAACAUGCUGUUGCUAAGCCCUAUGAGCUUCCAUUUUUGAAGGGUUAGCACUGGAAUUUUAUAGAACACUUGUAUCUUGGUACAGACCUUUUUUAGAGUGCUAUCCAUUUUGUUGUAGGAAUAAUUGCCCUUUCAGAAACUAAUGUAGUAUCGAAGAACUCGAAUUGAUCCUUUUAGAGAGCCUUUACUUUUUUUCAAUUUAAAUAAAAUGAAAUGGUUAUGCAAAUAUAACUGUAACCAAAGUAAA